AUGAGUGGAAGAUCAGUUCAAACAACUAUUUCAACACAACAAAUUACCGAUAAAUGUGCUAUUUGGAUUGAAAGGUUUGUUUUGAAUUUGAUUGAUAUUAUAUUUUAAUUGUGAUAAUUUUUAGAACUUGUGCUAUAACUCAUCAAUUAGUAGCUGAAGUUUGUGAAUAUUUCGAUAAUCUUGAUCAAGUGACUGAAUUACUUCAAGCAAUAACAAAUUCAUUGAAAAAUGAAUGGCCGAGAAUUGGACCAAAUAAGAUAGUUUAUGAGAAACUUCUUCAAGAUGUUGUUGUGAAUAAAUCAAGAAAAUUGCUUGUUGAAUGGAUUGUUUCGGUCGAAAAUUCGGCAAGAAAACAAUUUGAAUCGACAAAUGAUGGACCAUCAACAUCAUUAUUUGAUGAAAGAACUUAUCGAGCUGAUUCACAGGCUCAUAUUGGAAUAUCAACACAAUUAUUCAAGUAUGUUCAAUUAACUGGUUGCUUAUUGAAAAUAUGGGGAUGGUGGGGUUAAAUAUCGGGAGAAUUCCAGAAUGUCAAAAGAAACAUGAUUUGUUUUACGACAUUUUCUGAAAAGUUUCAGUUGAAUUUCGAAAAAUUUUCCAGCCCUUAAAAUUUUUCUGGGUAGAAAAAAAAUAUAUUCUAUGAGAAAUUCCUUCAAUAUAUUUAAAAUAUCUCAAUUUGUUUAAAUUCCCAAUUCUCUCUUUUUCAGAUGUGUGAAAAGCCUUUGGGAAUCACUUGAAUCAAUAAAUGAAAAAUGUCAUCAAUUUGAGAAUAUUUGCACACAAAUGUCUGAUUCAAAUACUUCAUCAGUUCUCAAAACAACAUUGGCAACAAAUGUUCAUCAAGUUCUUUUGCGUCUUUGUGAAAUUAAAAAUCACGAAAAAAGUAACGACGAAUGUUCGAGUGUGAAAAGUCGAGAAUGUUUAUUGAAAGCUCGUUUGGCAUUGGCUUUGGUUCAUUCGGAUUCAUCAUUGGUUUGUCAUUUAAUGGAUAAAGAUUCGCAACAAAUCACAUCACUUAAUAAACGACUUCAUUCGAUUAUUGAGAAUAAUUUGAGGUAUGUUCAUUUUAAAUUAGAAAGAAUUUCAAAAAAGAAAUCACAAUUUAUCACAACAACAACAUAUAUUGAAUUUAUAGAUAUUUUUUGAUAGAUUGA